AUGAAUCCUACGUUCCGAUCCCCCAAUUCGCCAGGGCGUCAGCGAGCGCCCGCUCCUUCCCCUCGCUACCCCCGACCCCCGUCCGAUGACGAAGACGAGGAAGACGACUCCGAUGAAGACGACUUGGGUCGCCCCGGAUCCUCCGGCAGUGACGCCUCAUCCAAUGUGACUACCGUUUCCGCUGCGCCAAUAACCCCGAUCAAUACUCAACUGCCUGCUGGGAGUUAUUUCCCUCCACAACCACGCUCGGCCACUUCACCUCACCACCCCAUGCCGAACCCCACAGGGCGAAGGCCCUCUGGCCGGGGCCCCUCGGUCGAGCUACCCCGGCUUCGAUCACGACAUCACUCGCAAGGGUUCUUUGAGCCUACUCUGCCAACGGCAUCCACAGAUCAGGUUUCUACCGUAUCGGCCUCCCGCAUCGCUGCUCAGGCGGCAAUGCAACAGACAAAGAGACAGCCAAAUGUACAUUCCCCAAUGGAGGAUGGGUCACGGCCGAGGCGUAGUGGAAGUGCCUCGCCACCUCUUAUGCCUGCACCAUUGCGCGUCAAUCAACCCUCGCCCCAACCGCCUCAGCCUGCACCAGGCAGUGUAGCCACAACAGCUGCCAAUGUCGUCUUUCCGCGGGCAGGUGCUCAUCCGGUGGAACAACACCCCGAGAAACAGAAGAAAAAGAAGCUUUUCUCCAAGCCAAAACAUAUUGGGAUCAGCAGAGACAAAGAUCCUAGCAAGGACCGCGGUCUUCCCUCCCCGAGCAAGAUCAGUGGGCUAUCGCGCAUGGUCAGCGGCUCGAGCUCGAACUUGGCCGAUCUAUCCUCGAACAAUUCAUCUAUGUACAAUCUCUCCAAUGCCUCGGUGAGCACAGUUGUCCCAGCAGACCGGGCCCCGGCACCGGAGAAAGAGAAGGAUAAGGACAAACACAAGCACCAUUUCCUAUCAAGGCAGAAACUGAAACUCAAAGAUCGGAGCGAUGACUUCAAUCUCCCUCUAUCCUCUGCUUCGAGUAAUUCUCGUCCGGCAGACCCCAAUGCCCCGAAAUCUCUAUACUCCUUCACGAGCCCUGCGUCUCCGGCUCCAGGUGCGACUUUUGGCAAGUCAGUCAGUGGACUAGAUAUCCUGCAUGGCGGUCGGGCACUGCGCGAGAAGAAGAAGGAAGAGAAGAAGGAAAAGGAACUCGCUGAGGUCGAGCAGACGGAAUGGCUCCAUGCCGGCGGGCCCCCGACACCGGGUGGUUUCCCCGGCCCGUCUCCCGGUGUAACGGCGCUCCCGGAUUCUAUCCUGAAGGAGACAUUGCAAGGGUUUGGGUUGAAUAACAUGACCCCAGAAGAUGCUUGGGACUUCCUCAAGGCGAAGCUGCUGGUCAUCUUCGAUGGUGAAGACGUUCGCAUCGCCAUUGAGGAUCUCAACAAAUUGGUGCUUGUUCAUCUGCAGCGUUGCGUGCUGAAGAGGGCCCCUACUUCCAUUAUCACGGAUUUGCAAGAGCUACUGCAGACUGGGUUUGCGACUUUGAAUCACAGUUCGCUACUAGGUGUUCCAGACGACAAGUUGGUUCCGCACUUGGUUCAAAUAUGGUUACUGGUGUUUGGCACGAUCCUCCCCUUUAUACAAGCAGUCUUCCUUCCUUUGGACCUGGAAUUCAAAGGUUGUGGAUCCUUGAUGACUAGCCGCGAAGCCGGCGAGUUCUGGGGUGUACUGCCUGUCGGUGGCACACUCGAUGUGCGCAACUUAGUGCUGAUCGCCUUCCGUGACUGCAUUAUCCUGAAUCGCUACGAUACCCUCAAAGCAACCUUCUCCCGCCUCAGUCUGGACUCUAUCAACUCCGGAUUCCCCACUCUCAGCGUUACAGCCAAGAGCGCUGGCGCUGGAGGUCGUCCCGGCACUGCGGCCUCGCUCGACGCCGGCUUCGGCAGCUACACUUCGCAAUCCUCCACCCACCUCAGCACUGUCGCGGACAGCUAUUCAUCUGACAGUAUGGGUGCCUUGGCCAAUCUCCCACGACCAGGUAGCAGUGAUUCCCGUAGUCGCGCAGCCUCCAACACCUCUUCCAACCCGGAUCCUCUAUUCUUCCAGUCGGUCGCAUCGCCCCCAACCUCCAACAACAGGCCGACUAUAGUCCACCGCGUCAACUCCGCAGACUCGUCCCAUAUCAUUACAGAGACCGUCGGCCGCAUGCUACAAUGCAUUAGCGUUCUGGCAAGCGUGCAGACCAACGAUUCCGCCCAAGAGCGAAUCGAGGUCCUUGGAAAAGCUCUCAAACACAACUGGCUCGGCCGUGGUCGCACUGGCCGUGAUCGCCGCGGUUUUGUAGGCGCCAAGAUCCGACCUGUCAUGGUUGGCGGUCCUCCUGUUAUCGAUGAUGCAGAUUCCCUCAAUACGGCCGGCAUCAGUGUCGGUGCUAGUACCAACGGUGGAUCUCGAGGCCGGGGUGAUUCCUCAUCAUCGGACUGGAGUUCUCAUGCCCCAGCGCCAGGCAUGAACGUCCGUAAUAGUGGUAGACGAGAACUGAGUGUUCUCUAG